AUAUUAUAACUUUCGAUAUUCAUUCAUUCAUUAUAUAUAAUGUCAAAGGAUAGAACAAUAGCAAUACCUGUUAAUCGAGAUACUAGAACAUUUGAACAAUAUAGAAAAGAUUUUUUAAAAGAUGUAGAAAAUUUUCCAAAUUAUAAAAAUAUGGAUGAUUGGAUUAAAUCAUCUUGGAAAAGAUGGGAUGAUGAAAUGAAACGUAUUAGAAAUGGAAUGUUUCAAUUAAUGCCUUUGGAUAAUUUUGGUUUAAAUAACUGGGAUGUAUUCGACACUUCAUUUGAUCCAAAUAAUUUAAUAAGAGAAAUGGAACAACGUAUUCAAAACAUUCGUCGGGGAAUGGGUAUAACUGAUGCACCAUUUACUGGGUCAUUAAAUGAUUUUUUAAAAGAUGCAUAUGAAGUCGGUAAAGAUGGAAAGGUGCAUUUCAAGGUUAGAUUUAAUGUCAAAGGUUUUUCACCAGAGGAUAUUAAUGUAAGCACCACAGAUAAUCGUGUGAUUGUCAGCGCUAAAAAAGUGACUGAAACUGACACAUCAAAGAGUUCACGUCAGUUCUGCCGUAUGAUCGACUUACCACAAUCAAUCGAACAAACAAAAUUAGAAUGUCAUUUAACAAAUGAUGGAGUCUUAUUAUUAGAAGCUCCAGUAAAACCAAAUAAUCAUAAAUCAGUGACAUUUAAUAAUCAACGUCAAAUUGCUAUUCGACCUACAUCAAAUAUUAGUACUGGAAAUGUAACACCAUCUAAAGAUCUAGUUGUCAAAGGUACUAAUGGCUUAACCAUUAUUGAUGAAGGUUUCAAAGGCAAACGACUCCAUGUUGAAAUACCAAUUGACCCAAUGUAUAAAUCUGAAGACUUAUGCGUUCAUGUUGAUUCCAAUCGUGUAGUGGUAUCUGGUCGAUGUUCAAAAAGUGACAGUCGUUGGACAAAAAAUACACCAUGUGCUGAGUUUUCACAUUCUUAUGAUACCCCACAUAGAGUUGAUCCAUUAUCUGUAACUUCACAAAUGGUGGGUAACACAUUGGUCGUUGAAGCUCCAUUACUGAAAUCCUACUAAUAUUUCACAGAUGACGUAUAGAAUUUGAAAGUCAAUGUGAAAUCUUAACACUUUUCCAAAAAUACAGAAAUGUUUAUAGUUCACAAAGUUACACUUAACAUUAUACACAUUUUUUUAUUGUUGUAACUGUUUAAAUGAGUUCCUGUUUAUUUGGAACAUUGAAAUAUUGUCGUUUUUACCAUGAUUAUUGUUAUAAUUUUUAUAGAGGCAAUUGUGAGUAACAACAACCAAAUAGAUUAUUAUUUUGU